UUUAACCACACUAUCUGUAGUUAUAAUCAUAUAUCUUCAGUGUGGUAUUUUUCAGCCGUUUGUGAGUUGUUGUAUUGUUAUUUUUCCGAUUUAACCGAUACUGAAAACUGAAGCUGUGCGGUUUGUCAGUCAUUGUGGAGCUCGGUAACAUUUCUGUUGUAGAGGUCAAGAAAUAAAACUAUAAACCAUCAGAAACUAUGUCCCGUCGAUCCUAAAGAUCUUUUAGCUGUUUCAGUUUCACAGACGUAAUAGUGACUUCACUGCACUGCCAUCGGCCGCAUCGAAGAGAGGCUAACGUUAGUGACGGCGAAGCAACACAGAUUGCCUUAUAAAUGAGGCAGUCCCCCAGGCAGCCUCUGGCCUAGAUGUUCUGAGGACGUUUCAUGUUUAACCUUUAAUUAAAUAAAUCUAUAAUACUCGUCGAAACGCCCAAUUCUACUUUAAAUUGCGUAAUUUCACAUGGCCUAACAUAGCAUAUCAGUCUAUCAUGUGUACGUUAGCCAAUGGUUCACCAACACCCUCUAGUGGCGUUGGUCGUCAACAUUUCGUAAAGAUUUCAUGCCAAAUGAUGUUUGUUUACAGCACAGCACAGAAAAACAAGUUGUUUAUUGUAAAGAGAAGUUCGUAAGGUGACACCUCCGAAUGCAAAGCAUGCACAACUAUUUUGGUUAGUGGGACACACGAGCUGAUACUGUUGGUGUACCCUCGCCCAGUCCCAUCUCUUAUGUACAUUUUUAAUCGGCUGAAGAGACUCAGGGUGUUAUUCAGAUUUAUUGGACUCCGACCACUCCCCCAACAGUAGAAGGGUGAUGUAUUAGGACCACCCUGUGACGUGUGUGUAUGUAUUUGUUUAUAUGUUCUCCCUUUCACUGCAAUACUAACUGUCCGACAAAGUGGGUGAGGUCAGUUAUCUCUAAUUUCUUGUUUGUCAUGAUGAGUCAUGAUUCUGAAUGGAAGUAAAACUUUAUUAGGGUUGAGACAUCAACCCUAAUAAAGACAAGUCAAAUGUUCUCUGUGAGUGAUAUCGCCACCUCAUCAUUGAAAAUGUUUUCUCAGAAAAAAGGUGGCACUUAUGUGGACAUGAUUUCUGCAAGAGUAAGAAUUUGAUUAUUCCACACCUAUUUAAUCAAGGAAAAAAUGUAGCCCCAUUAACCAGACUGCUUUGCCUGUCAUGACAAGCAUUAGAACAUUUGUUGUGUUAGUGUGAAUUGAGAUCCAAGUGAAUGAUUUGCAUUGCUGAACCAAGCCUUGGGCGGACAGCUUCCACAUCAUUGUAAUGUGGAAUCUUUCCAAUAGAUUGUGAUGUCAAGAUUUUACAUUCUUUAUUUGUCCUUUAAAAUCACUGUGCCCACCCUGCCCCCUCCCCCAGAGACUAACUUGACCAACUGUAGUGUCACCCAUGUGAGUGGUCCUAAAUGCCCACUGGUUCAUAUAUCAAUACCUCAAGCAUCUUAAGCAAUUUAAGCUGCAGCACCUCUUCUGUUUAAUCAGACAUCAUGGGCCAGUCUGAGCCUUGGACCCUGACCCAUUUGACCACUUUUGAUAGAUACACCCCACAAGUUUUGGAAAUUCUCUGACCCAGGCGUGUAGCCAUUACAAUAUUGUUGAACUUUUCCUGCUUCUCACAUAGACUUUGACAGUAAGAUGUUCACCUGCUGCCUAGCAUACAGUUUACCUCUUGGAAUAUGCCACAGUAAAGGGGCAUGCAGUGUUAUUCACCACCCUGACAGUGGUCAUAAUAUCAUGACAACUAAAUUAAAUAAUUGUUACUUUGGUGAAAUGAUUAAUUACAUAAUUAGAGAAUCAGGAUUCAUAUGAAACAAUAUCAUUUCACAAAUGGGUAACAAAUCAAAGGAAAAAUAGUUAAACGAGAAAGAAUGUUCCCUAUAAAUACAAAAACCUCACAAAAGAAAAAGAACAAACUAUUUAAAGAUCAAAGUUAUUUUAUAACUAGUUAUGUUCAAAGGAGUAGGCAAAGCUAUUAGUUUCAACUACUACAGAUAACAAACCACCAACAGAAAUACAUUAGCAGUAAUAUUACACCAACAUGCUGUCUGGUCCAGCUUUCUGUUUUGGUUGAGAUGAACUGCUGUGCAACACCAAAGAUGGGAAAAAUGUUUUAAGAAAAUAUUUGAAAGAAUCUUCCGAGGGUUCUCCUGUCCUUGCUGCGGUUCAUGGACCAUCGUUGUGAAGGAAGGGUAUUGAAAUGGGACAGAGCAGCUCAGGGCAGGAUGUCCAGGAGAACACAGUGGAGCAGGACGGCUGUGACGAUAUCAAGACAUUUGUGGAGGAGGAGAUGCAGAUGAGCAUGAUGGUUGGAGUGGUAAUUGGUGCAGGCACCAUUGCCAUAGUCAUCUCCAUUUUCAUAUUCUUCUUUUUGCGGAGGAUCCAGCAUCGGAAUCGAGAAGCUCAGGAGGCUCCGAAAUAUCGCUUCCGCAAGAGGGACAAAGUGAUGUUCUACGGCCGAAAAAUCAUGCGCAAGGUUUCUCAGUCUACCUCUUCUCUAGUUGGCACAUCCUCCCGUCCACGUCUGAAGAGGAAGCAGAAGAUGCUCAACAUUGCCAAAAAGAUCCUGCGAUUCACAAAGGAGGUGCCCAUCCUUCAGGCCAAGGAGCCCCCACCCUCAGUGCUGGAAGCAGACCUCACAGAAUUUGAUGUUGCUACUUCCCACCUCCCAUCAGAAGUUCUUUACAUGCUUAAAAACGUCCGUGUGCUGGGUCACUUUCAGAAGUCCCUUUUCCUGGAGCUGUGUCAACACAUGGUGUUUCAGCAGUACCAACAAGGGGAGUAUGUUUUCAGGCCAGGUCAGCCUGACAACAGCAUCUACGUGGUGCAGGAUGGAAAACUGGAGCUGUGCCUUACUGGAACGGAUGGCAAAGAAAGUGUGGUCAAGGAGGUUUUUCCUGGCGACAGUGUCCACAGCCUGCUCAGUAUCCUGGACGUUAUCACUGGCCACCAGAGACCCUACAAAACAGUGUCAGCACGGGCAGCAGAGGUGUCAGCAGUUAUACGAUUACCAGUUGAAGACUUCCCAUCUAUAUUUGAGAAAUACCCUGAGAGCCUCGUGCGAGUUGUACAGAUUAUUAUGGUCCGUCUACAAAGAGUGACUGUUUUAGCGCUGCACAACUAUCUAGGUCUCACUAAUGAGCUCUUCAGCCAUGAAAUGCAGCCCGCAAGGUUACCACCUGUGUCACCCCACCCGACUCGCACCAGUCCCAUUCGCCAUGGCAAGCGCUUUGGAAGCCUCACAGUGCCAGAGGAGCAUCGAGAAGCUGCUUUAAAGGGUGAAGGAGGUGAACAAGGAAAAGAUGAAGCUAUUCUGCCAACUCUAAACAGGACUAUCUCCAUGCCAGUGGAUAUUGCUGGUAUACAAAAAGGCCUGAGGUCAGACUUUGACAUGGCAUAUGAAAGAGGACGGAUUUCCGUCUCCGCAGAGGAGGGCAGCACUCCUCCCACCUUCACCCGGUCUGUGUCCCAGGAGCAGAGGGAGAGGAAGGUGACAGUAGAUGAAAUUCCCUCAGGGAUCUACCUGUACCCAGAAGAAGAGAUAGGAGUUGACAGUAUUUUUACACCUGUAACCAGUCGAUCCAACGCUGCUGUGUUUGAAGAAGCUCUGAAGGACAUCCUUAAACUCAUGAGGAUUGAGGAUCCAUCUUUGCUAAAUGGGAGGGUGACUCUGCACCAUGCAAAAGCUGGCGCCAUCUUGGCUAAACAAGGAGACCAGGAUGUGAGCCUACACUUUGUUCUGUCUGGUUGUCUUCAUGCCUACCAGCGAAUGGUAAGCAAACAAGAAGCUGUCUGCCUGUUUGUGACCCACGCUGGGGAGAUGGUGGGCCAACUCGCUGUACUCACAGGGGAGCCCCUUAUCUUUACCAUCAAGGCAGUCCGUGACUGCACUUUCCUCAAAAUCUCCAAGUCGGAUUUCUACGAGAUAAUGCGAGAGCAGCCUAAUGUGGUACUGAGUGUGGCCCACACUGUGGCCAUACGCAUGUCUCCUUUUGUCAGGCAGAUGGACUUUGCUAUUGACUGGAUGGCUGUGGAGGCUGGUAGAGCUCUGUACAGACAGGACGACCAAUCAGAUUGCACCUAUAUUGUUUUGAAUGGACGACUGCGUUCAGUCAUCCGCAAAGCUAAUGGCAAGAAAGAACUUGUUGGGGAAUAUGGCAGAGGAGAUCUUAUUGGUGUGGUUGAGGCUUUGACCAAACAGCCAAGAGCCACCACUGUCCAUGCUGUGAGAGACACAGAGCUGGUCAAAAUGCCCGAAGGAACAUUGAGUAACAUCAAAAGACGAUACCCUCAGGUGGUGACCAGGUUGAUCCACUUGUUAGGGCAGAAAAUUCUUGGAAACCUGCAGCAGGGACGCGGGCCUUUCUCAGGCUCAGCCCUGAGUCUGCCCAGUAUGAAAACAGGUGCAGAUGUGAGCAACCCAGCUAGCAACCUCUCUACUGUAGCUGUGCUUCCUGUAUGUGAUGAGGUGCCAAUGAAUGCCUUCAACAUGGAGCUCAGUCAUGCCCUCAGUGCCAUCGGUCCCACUCUGCUGUUGACCAGUGACAUCAUAAGAGAGCGUUUGGGAGCAUCUGCUUUGGACAGUAAUAGUGAAUACCGUCUGUGUGGCUGGCUGGCCCAACAGGAGGAUAUCAAUCGUAUCGUCCUGUAUCAGACUGACAACACCAUGACGCCAUGGACUCAGCGAUGCAUUCGCCAGGCUGACUGCAUCCUCAUUGUCGGCCUUGGGGACCAGGAACCGACCCUUGGAGAGUUGGAGCAGAUGCUGGAGAAUACAGCAGUUCGUGCUCUGAAGCAGCUGAUCCUUCUACAUAGAGAGGACGGACCUGGUCCCUCGAGGACUGUUGAGUGGCUCAACAUGAGAAGCUGGUGCUCGGGACAUCUUCACCUCAAGUGUCCUCGAAGAGUUUUCUCCAGACGUAGUCCAAACAAACUGAGAGAUGUCUACGAGAAGGUGUUUGAGAAAACAGCAGACAGACACAGCGAUUUCUCUCGGCUGGCCCGAGUCCUGACAGGAAAUAGUAUCGCACUGGUGCUGGGAGGAGGUGGAGCGCGAGGGUGCUCUCAUGUAGGCGUGAUCAAAGCAAUGGAGGAAGCAGGGAUUCCUAUUGACAUAGUGGGUGGAACCUCCAUUGGCUCAUUCAUUGGUGCUUUGUAUGCGGAGGAGAGAAGUGCGGUCCGAACCAAACAAAGAUCCAAAGAAUGGUCAAAGGGAAUGAACUCAGUUUUUAAAACAGUCUUGGACCUGACCUAUCCCAUCACCUCCAUGUUCUCUGGCUCCGCCUUCAAUGCCAGCAUUCAUAAAGUGUUUCAGGACAAGCAAGCAGAGGAUCUAUGGCUGCCGUACUUCAACGUCACCACUGACAUCACAGCUUCAGCCAUGCGUGUCCAUCAGGAUGGCUCUCUGUGGCGCUAUGUGCGGGCGAGCAUGACCCUCUCAGGGUACCUGCCGCCUCUCUGCGACCCCAAAGACGGAAACUUGCUAAUGGACGGUGGCUACAUCAACAAUUUGCCAGCGGACAUUGCGAGGAACAUGGGGGCCAGAACAGUCAUUGCAAUUGAUGUAGGAAGCCAGGAUGAGACUGACCUCUGUAACUAUGGCGACUGCCUGUCCGGUUGGUGGCUGCUGUGGAAGAGGAUUAAUCCUUGGGCAGAGAAAGUAAAGGUGCCAGACAUGGCAGAGAUCCAGUCUCGUCUGGCUUAUGUGUCCUGUGUACGGCAGCUAGAGGUGGUGAAGAAGAGUGCGUACUGCGAGUACAUCAGACCGCCUAUAGACCGUUUUAAGACCAUGGACUUUGGAAAGUUUGAUGAGAUCUAUGAUGUUGGCUAUCAGCAUGGCAAGUUGUUAUUUACUGGCUGGGCCCGAGGCGACAUCAUCGACAACAUGCUGAAGGACCAUCGAUCAGCUGACUACAAUGACAGUAAAAUAAAUGACGCCUGCACGUGUCCUGGGGCGGACUUUACUGACCUGGCAGAGAUUGUGUCCAGAAUAGAACCAGUCCAGACCUAUGUUGCUGCUGAAGCAGAGGAGUCGGACUGUCUGACAGAGUACGAGGAAGAUGGGAUGGACACAGUGAGGGAGGAGGAAGGGGAGGAAGAAGAGGACCACUCACCUGGAGAGUGGGAACAAAACGGAGUCUUCCAGACUGAGGGAAAGUCUGUGAGACAUCGUAGGAUACUCACCAGUGGAUCUGAAGUCUCUGACAGCUAAAAAAAAAACAGAACAGGCCAGUAGCAGCAGAUUCAACUGGAAAAAGGUAACGUUUAGGUUCAUUAACAAAACAGGCCACAAGUUUCUGCUGCAGCUUCUAAGACACUGAAAUCCCAUUGGACUGAUAAAAAAUUAGCAGCAUUCAGAAGACGUUUUCUUGGCCUUUAAUUGGUUGUAUUUUUUCUAUUACCCAGCUGUGUUUUGUCCAUAAUUUCAAAAUCACUGUAACCAACAAUAACCCCAUCCAGGAUUAUUAACCAUCUAUUUUUUUUAAUGUCUUCUCCUAAUUUACCGCAUAAUAUCAGCACACAACUUGGUUCUUAUUGGUACCGUUUACAGUAACCUUUAAUGUUUUGGUUCAUUACAUGAUCCUGUGAUUUGUUGCUAUGCCUGUUUGUACACUUUGUUUGUUGUGUUUUAAAAAUGUCUUACUCACACUGAAAAGAUAAAUUCAAAAAUAGUAAGGUGGUGGGUUUAGUGUAGAUAUUGAAAACCAUCUUAAGUCAUUUUAAACCUACAGCUCUGUUGUUGAGAUAAAAAACAAAAAAAACAAAUGAUUGAACAUUGAGUCUGAAGUGUGAAGUGGAGCUAAUUGUCAACUCAGAAAACAACAGAGAGGAAGCCUGACAGCACUGUUUUCUACACUGUUUUCACCUGUGUAAAUAGCUUUAAUGUUAUUACCAGCACAAUGCAACAUGGACAUCCCUUAGUACAGCGGUUCCCAAACUUAUUUUGGCCGCCCACCCCCUUUUAUAUUCCAACUGAGUUGACGCACCCCCAAUUCCCCACACCUUCGGAAAAAAAACAAAACAAAAAACAAACAAAAAAAAACCCACAACAAGCCUUCUUUUUAAGGCAGCAUGUUUAAUCGUGCUCAAAUGACCAGAGCACGUAACCAUUUCUAAAUCAAAAUGUCAGCUUUUGAUUUGUUUUUGUUUUUUUCAGGAGAUUAUUAUUUAUAUGUCUUUAUUUUGUGGACAAAUCCCACAGGGGAAAGAAUACUUUAAACGGCCAUCAAAUGUUUUAUCUCACGCACCCCCUAGUGGCAGCUCGCGCACCUCUGCCACACUGUGGGAAUCCCUGCCUUAGUUACUUUGCUCUAACUGUUCAAUAAUUGUGAAAGAAAAUGAUACAAUGCCUAGCUUAUAUUUACCACUGUCAGAGGUCAGAGGUCAAGAUUGUUGCCAGUGUCAGUCCUGACUGUUUUGAUUGUUUUUUUGUUUGUUUUUUUCUUUUUAAUGUCAGCCCCCACUUUUGGUCAUUUCUUUUUUUUUUUUUUUUUUUACAUUCCUGAUGAUGUUUCAGUAUUAUAGAAAAUUGCAGUUAAUUUUCAUUAUGAUUUAAUUAUGGUUCCUGCUGCAUUCAAACAUGUCGAAGGCUUCUUUAAGUAGAGACCGAAGGAGAGAAAACAGUCCAGUUUGAAUUUAAUAUUAUAUAUAUAUAUAUAUAUAAUAUAAUAUUAUAAGAACAGAGAUGGAUUCACUCCUGGGAAUGACUUUGUGGAGUGAGUGUGAUACUUUUGAUGAAUGGUAUCUGUGUGCUUAAGGUUUUGUGUGUGAUUGUAGAGACAGCACUGUGUUUUUGUCCAUCUCUGUGAUAAACUGUUCAAAGUCAGCAGUAAAAAUAACAAUAAGAAAAAUCCCUCAAAUCAUGAACACACCAAACAUGGAUGAACAGAAGCAACUGGACUGAAAUGCACCUCAUUUGUUCAUAAACAAUGACUAUGGACCUAAUGUAGAAACUGUAACAAGUUAUAAUAUAAAUAAUGUUUAUAUGUAUAUAAAGUGAAAGUCUGUAAAUUGAGGUUUUGCUGAAAACUAUGGAAUCAAUAACAAGAGUAGUCUCUAAAAAUCCAUUCUGUUUUAAUGGAUGGUCCCUAGAUUUGCAUCUAAUUUUAUUUAUUUAUGUUAACUACUGACUUUUAAAAGGUCACAUUUUUGUUUUGAACCUGUGGCUGUGGAAUAUUUGUUUUUAAUUAACUUUAUUUUAGCAGUUUUGCACUGAACAAUUUCAAGUACUUUUGCUUGGGUGAUGUUUGCUGAUUAAUUGCCAAAAUUAAAACGCCAUUGGAAUCAAAAGGAAAAAAGAUGCUAAUGUAACAUGAAUAUUAAAUAAUAAACAUGACAAAUAUGUUGUGUCCUACUAAA